CCUCUCGUUCCUGUGACUUUCAAUGUGGUUGUCUUACUCUGUCACUUUGCUGUCUUAAGAGGGGAAUUGGGAAAGAUUUUGCUUUGUGUAUGCCUUUUGAUCAGAAGUAGUGUUUUUCAAAAAGGUUUUUCACAUCUUUUUAUUUUUUUUUUCCAGCGGCUGUUUGGCGUCUUCCCCGCUUUCUCCUUCCCCCCCCGUCCAUUUAUUUUCAAGACUUGGGAGGACAAUUUGAAAACGCAAAACAAUUUCGAAAACUUUUUUGAAAAUGAGCAAUUACACUGUGACCCUGUCUGGACCAGCUCCAUGGGGCUUCCGCCUGCAGGGAGGGAAGGACUUCAACAUGCCCCUCACCAUCUCCAGGAUCACCCCGGGAAGCAAGGCAGCACAGGCCAACCUGAACCAGGGUGACAUCAUCAUAGCCAUCGAUGGGGCCAGCACUGACGGCAUGACCCACCUUGAUGCACAGAACAAGAUCAAGUGUGCCAGCUUCAACCUAAACCUCACCAUGCAGAGGUCAAAACGCCCCGCGCCAGUGCCCACGGCCACCCCCAGAAUGGAUUCACCCAUGCCCGUCAUCCCACACCAGAAGGAUCAGUCACUUCAAAUCAAUGGCAGCCUCUCAGCCUGCACUACCAGCCCUAAGCCACUGGGGGUAACCAACGGGACAAACUCCUACUUCUACAGCAAGCAGGAGAUCAACCAUUUCUCUAACGUUUCAAUUACUGAAGCUGGAGGCCCUUCUCCCACGAAGCGGCUUUCAGGCCCUGUGGGCAAACUGGCAGGGCAGAGGGGGCAGUAUAACACCCCGAUAGGCCUUUACUCAGCCGACACCAUUAGGGAGAUGGCUGAGGCUCAGGGAGGCCGCAGAGGAAGGGUCUCUGCUGUCGGCCUCCUCCAGGGGUAUGUAACAGGACACACUAACACCCACAACAGAGUCUGUCCACUGAUUCUUCGGGUCUCCGUCAGAAAGCUGUUCUGUAAACCCCAUCCUGCAAGAAUGCACAGAAUACAGUUGCAGAUGGCUUCUUUCUUUUACUAGAAUAUCAGAAAUAACACUUUCACAAACCUUCUUUCACAUUCAGUUGCAUAAGUAGGGAUCUUAUUGAUCAGGAAAUAUAGUUUCAUGAGGAGCUGAGAGAGUUUUAAAUACGUGGUGCUAAUGGUCACAGCUGCAGCAAUACAGUAUAUAGUAUUCUGAUAAAACCCAAACCUCUUCUUCUUCAACAGCUAUUUCUUUCAGACUCAUAAAUUACAGUUCUGAGCAGGACUAGAGUGGAACCUGGUCUCAGAGACUGUGAGAAUCAUUCUCUGUUAGUAUGUAAGACUUCCAGUGUUCUGUUUGCUUGGAGGACUGGGGUUAUAGACACAGCCUUCCUUUUGAAUCACACAAAAACCGGAGGAGAGGCUGACCCAGCAGCACUGUUGAGAAGGUAUGUUUCUAACAGAUCAGAUCCUUUGGAUUUAAUCAACUAUAGGUCUCCUGCUGUGUACCACAGCAAAUCUCUUGGGAUUAGUCCACUACAGGACUCCUGAUGAGUAACAGAGCAGAUCUCUUGGAUUACCUUUUGGGUUGCCUCUGGUUUUAUGUUUUUUUCUUUUGUGUAAAACAGAGGGAGGGCAUGUUUUCGUUACUAUAUUCCUUGACAUGUUAGAAUUAAGCCUUAAAACAGCAUCAGAAAUGUAAUGCUCUGUAGAUAUAUAUAAAGUAUUUAUGUACUUUAAUGUGGAAAGUCAUCGCUUGUCCCCUUUUGUGCACCAAUUUUCAUAGUGAACAAUGAGCCUGACAAAUCAGAGAGAUGUACUGUACCUCCCUUGACCGUCAGAGGCGGUCAUGCACCCCUUCCCAGGCAAUCGGGGGGGCAGUUCAAGGUAUAGAAGGCAUGCCUGAGGCAGUGGCUUAAACCCAGACUCUGACUGCACGUAGUAUGUACUCUUUGAGUUGCUCUAACUUGUAGUUGUUGGAGUGUCAAUAUUAAAGAAGUAUGUUGUCAGUCGAGGUAACUUCAGUUGACCUUUUUGUCUUUUAGAGAAAGAGAAUUGCCUGUAACAUAAUUCUUAAGUGACACCCAGACAUGUUCAGUAAGUGUUCUUCUUGGAAGCAAUCCUUAAAGUAAUCUCUCGUUACUCAUGUCAUGUAGUCUGAUUAUAUUGCUACUGUGACUGUCUGAUACUUCUCACCAGUGCUGUGGGAUUGCCCCUGCAUAAAGUGGACUCCAUCUGCUGGCAGGCUGCUGUCACGACACUAGAAACACCAGCAGCUCCUCCAUCCCAGGCUGGAGAGAAGAGACUCAGAACAUUUAGCCAUUCGUAGCUUCUGUAUUCACAAGCAGGAUGUUGUGCCUUUCCAUGGCUUCCUUCAUUACUUCCAAACAUACAAAAUCUUCUACUUCUCCUGAAGGAAGGCAGGCCUCAGAAAGAAAAUCAUAUGCCAAGCUGGAGUUAGGGAGUGCCCUGUGAAUAAUCUUAAAGGAGCAUAUGGAAUAAUAAUUAAUAAUAAUAAUUGCUUACACUUAUAUAGCGCUUUUCUGAACACUCCACUCAAAGCGCUUUACAGGUAAUGGGGACUCCCCUCUACCACCACCAAUGUGCAGCAUCCACCUGGAUAAUGCACUGUGAUGGUAUAUAACACAUAAGGAGUGUAAUAUACAGUACCAUCAUAGGGCAUUAGUUCAACCAAAGAAAGAAUUCUUGGUUUUAAAAACUGGCUUUGAUUUUAAGAUUCUUUGCUGAAGAACAAUUGAUGAUAAAGUUUGUGAAUAAUGGAUUAAAUUGUUCCUUCUCAUUGGCAGUUUAACUUAUGGACAUUAAAAUAUGAGAAUAUGAAGAAGUUUCUCUGAGGCUGUUUGGCUGGUGUUUACUUGAAAAACUGCUAUGGGCUAGAGACAGAGCUGCAAAUUAUGUCAUCAAAGUCACUUCACAGAACUUUCCAGUCCCAGAAAGUCCUUGACUUUGUGUAGCUUGUUAUGUAAAGAAUCAUCUUGGGGAUACCAAAAGAAAAUCCAGAGUCAGAGCCACCUUAAAAACGAGAGAUGGGAAAGUUGAGGCACAUGAGCCAAGCGAGUGGGAGAGGUGACUUCAUGCGAGUGGCAGGGCUGGAGCGAGGGCGCUGGUGUUGAGUCCGCUGUGUGCGAUAGUGUUACACCCUCUCUGCGCCAGCGCAAAGGGACACCUGUUUUUGCCUUUCCUUUAAAAGGCAGUGGAAUUCGAGGGCUCGAGUUUCUGUACAUCCAACACUGGCUCUGUAUGUCCCGGGACAUCUCUCUCCCUGCUUAGGAAAAACAGGAAUUUUCAUGCAAGGCAAAAAAGGACUUUAUUGAACCCUGGCAUAAACUUUAACCCUGCAGGUGAUGUGGUGGGGUUGUGACUGCUGUAACUUGGCUUUGGAGCUGCGGUUGGUUUGGCUGGAGGGCGGUGGCCUGGGGUCAGUGCGGCACAGCGUGGUGGCUGCUGUCCUUGUCCAUCACUCCUUAAAACUGUGUUUAUGGCGGCAGAGUCUGGAGUCCUCGAGAAGCUUUGAGAGGAAGCUCAGACUCCAAUUAUAACCCGUGGUCAUGGAGCCCGUGAGGCCAAUUGAAUUAAUAAAUCAAGGGCAACUCCCUGGAAGGCAAGCAAGCUCUGAGAAAGAUCUGCACAAAGCAUUUCAAGACUCUCUUAGAAGAAAAUUUCUAUAGGGAAAAAAAACUGAAUGUUGCUCAGGGUCAUAAAAUUAGAUGGUUGAGGUAGAAGAGAAAUCAAAUUAGUUUGGUACAGUAUUUCUAAUCAGGAUGCCAUAGUGGAGUAUUUUGCUCAUUU